UCAAUACGGGGUUCCGUUUAUGCAGUUUUUGAUAACUUUUAUUUAUGCAAUCUAUUUACGAUUGACUUUGAUCAACGUGGCAAUAUUUGGUCUGAAAUAUGUCCCCACUGCUAUAUACAUGUAUUCUUUGGUAAAAAAUGUUUACGUGACAUCGCGAGCUAGACUGAAGAAAAAACAAAGCGAUUUAGAAGACAUGCAAUUACAGAUUCAGAUAAUAAAUACGAAAUUAUCUGUUCGCGACGCGGAGUUUAUGGAGCGGGCAGAGAUGUUGCGACGCGGAACCGAGAGACUUAGGAAAGUCAGACUGCGUGUGCGAGAAGUCAUUGCAAGCGACGAAUCUUUGAGGCAUGUUUUAGAGAACGCUGAAAUGUGGGAUAGCGAAAACGAAAUAAACUCACACUCCACACCACAGGAAGAGCGUGAAUACAUUGUUGAAUUAUUGAAGGAGCUGCACUGCGAUAAGGUCGCUAUUUCCAAACGACAAACGGACAAAAUGGAUUGUGGGGAACGAGCUCAAUCCGAGCCAGACACGGGCGACAAUAGCGUGUACUCGUCACUGAGCGACGUCGAUAUCCGCCAGGACUGCCGCGUCAAGAUUGUGAAAGUAACCAAUGUUUACAAAGUGGCUUACCUGAAACAUUUCAUCAAGCAAAAACGUCUCCGUCGGGCUAACAGACAAGCCGUGUUGAAGAAAAAGAUGGAAAGCAUAAAGAAACUGCUAGAAGACUGGCAAAAGACACUUAACAUGGUGAUUAAUAAUAAAUUGGCUUUCCUGGACGCGCAUCCGUUAGACCUCGCGUCACAAGACGCCCGCGGUGACUACUCCAAGCCGCGCGAAUCAGACUCCGAUAGUGACUUGAGGAACAGUAGUAACGAUUUGUGUUUCGACGACGAGUACAGUUUAAGUUGGGCGCAGAAUCCAUAUAGACCUUACGGAUACGGUUUUGAGGAUGCCCCGAACACGGCCGUAUCAAGAGAACACAGCCCGAAGGAUUUCGGCGACAUCAAAUAUUCUGGACUCAAUCUUCACCCGUGCGAUUACGGCGUAAAAAGCUCCGCCGUGUUGUCCUCCAUUAUCGAAGAAAUCCAUGACCAAAGAGCUGACGAGAUCAAAAGCGAGGCGGGGGAAGAGAGCGAUUGCCGUGACUUCGUCGCUAUAUGAUGUUUUUGAAUGAAUUUUACAAUAAAUUGCAUUAACUGUU